UUUUUAAAAUUUAAAUUUAAAUUUGUUCAAAAUUUUCAAAUGUAUAAAUUAUCCGCCUUGGCUUAAAAAUGGGUUAAUGACCUUUCUCACUCACUUCAGACACAAAUUUCCCUCCCAAAUUGCUGUUUGGUGAGACAGAAAAAAAAUGAAAGAAAGUGACGGAAAGCACAACAAAGAACGAAACCUACUAGCUCUCACCGGAGCCGCUGCUCUUCUCGCUCUCGCUGCCAACCUCGCUUUCUCAGCCUUCAACUCUCACAGGAAAAAGACAAAGAAAAAAGAUCUUCCGGGCUCGAAUGUCCGUGUUAAUAUUUCGCCAUCGGAGAUUCUCCGAUUGGCGGACCGAAUCAUCGCGAAAUCUAAGGCGGUUCACGAUAAAGUUGCUUCUAUUCCUCUUGACAAGGUUUCGUAUGUGAACGUUGUUUCUCCUCUGGCGGAAUUAGAGGCAGAGCAAUUUCCACUGAUACAGUCUUGCGUGUUUCCGAAGUUUGUUUCCACUUCAGAUGAAGUGCGCAAAGCCAGUGCUGAAGCUGAGCGGAGACUAGAUGCUCAUGCUCUCAUGUGCAGCAUGCGUGAAGAUGUAUACCUUGUCAUCAAAGCUGUUGCUGCAAGGGGGGAAUGGAUGAGCGCUGAAGCUAAAUGCUAUAUUCAGAGUCUGGUGAGAGAAUUUGAGCAGAAUGGUUUGAACCUUACUGCAACCAAGAGAGAAGAAGUGCAGCGCUUGAGAACUCAAAUGGAUGAGCUAAGCUUGCAAUAUGUAAAAAAUCUGAAUGAUAAAAGUACUUUUCUUCUCUUCAGUGAGGCUGAGUUAGCUGGGUUACCGCUAGAGUUCUUUAAGGGCUUAGACAAAGCUGAAAAUGGUAAAUUCAAGGUCAACCUGAGAAGUAAUUUUGUUGCCGCAGUGCUGGAACUCUGCAAGGUAGGAAGGACAAGGAGGAUGGUAGCUGUGGCAUAUGGGAAGAGAUGUGGAGAUGUCAAUCUUUCCGUCUUAGAAAAUUUGGUCCAACUGCGCCAUAAAUAUGCUCGAUUACUUGGCUAUUCAAACUAUGCAGACUAUGCUGUGGAUCUUAGAAUGGCAAAGACAACAUCAAAGGUAUUUGAGUUCUUAGAGGACAUCUCCAUCAAUUUAACAGACUUGGCGACUAAAGAACUUAAUCUGUUGAAAGACUUAAAGAAGAAAGAGGAAGGGGAGGUUCCAUUUGGAAUUGAGGAUUUAUUAUACUAUGCAAAGAGAGUUGAAGAACAGAAGUUUGAUAUUGACUUUGGAGCUCUUAAGCAAUACUUUCCUGUCAAUUUGGUCUUAUCUGGGGUCUUCAAAACAUUCCAAGACCUUUUUGGUUUAAGGUUUGAGGAAAUUUUGGAUGCUGAGGUUUGGCAUGGUGAUGUUCGUGUAUUUUCAGUUUUUGAUUUAAGUUCUCGUGAACUCUUCGGUUAUUUCUAUCAAGAUAUAUAUGCAAGGGAAGGAAAAUAUGGUCAGACCUGUGUGGUGGCUCUACAAAAUGGUGCAUUAUCAUCAAAUGGUGCACGGCAGGUACCAGUGGCACUACUUAUUUCUCAAUUUGAGAAGGACAUCAGUGGCCAUCCUGGGUUGUUACGAUUCUCUGAAGUGGUUAAUCUUUUCCAUGAAUUCGGACAUGUGGUCCAACAUAUUUGCAACCGUGCAUCAUUUGCCAGAUUUUCUGGGCUGCGUAUAGAUCCUGACUUUGUGGAGAUCCCUGCUCAGGUUCUAGAAAACUUGUGCUAUGAGAGCUUUGUACUGAAGUUGAUAUCUGGAUUCCAUCAGGAUAUCACAAAGCCCAUCAAGGAUGAUAUAUGUAAAUCACUUAAAAGAUGGCGACAUUCCUUUUCUGCACUUAAAUUGAAGCAGGAAAUUCUUUAUUGCCUUUUUGAUCAAAUUAUACAUUCUGCUGACAAUAUUGAUGUUGUUGAGUUAUUCAAACAUCUUCAUCCAAAGGUGAUGUUAGGUUUGCCAGUGCUGGAAGGAACCAAUCCAGCUUCAUGCUUUCCACGCUCUGCUAUUGGUUAUGAAGCUGCUUGUUACAGUCGUAUUUGGAGUGAGGUUUUUGCGUCUGAUGUAUUUGCCUCAAAGUUUCAUGGUGAUCCUUUGAACCAAUAUGUUGGCAUGCAGUUCAGGAACAAGGUAUUUGGCCCGGGAGGAGCAAAGGAACCUAUUGAAGUUCUUUCAGACUUUCUUGGAAGAGAACCAUCAAUUCAAGCUUUUGUUGACAGUAAAUCCGAAUAUAGUUUGUAAUGCAAAUGAAUUUUGGUAAUGUUUUCUCCCCUCCUCUCUCUGCUUCUGUGAGAUAAAAUUCAAUCAGCAUCCUGAAAUUUUGUUGUCGGUGGAAACUAUAGUUUCUACUUUCAACUAUUUAAUCAUUGAAAUUUCAUGUUCAAUUUGAUGAUCACAUCUUGUUCUCACUCUUGUAACGGUUAUAUAUUUAAAGCAGCAAUCAAUCUUAGCAAGCACUAGCAGGAUGAAUGAUUAACAGAUGAGCAUCCUACAGUUUCAAUUGCCAGAAAAGUUUUGUUGUAUUUAUGUUUUGUAGAUAAGCCUUCUUCUCAGAAUGAUACAUUUCACUGUUUCUGUAAUGCUUAUAUAACUUAUGUACUCAAACAUUGAAUGCUAAAUGAAAGCUAUUGCUAGAA